CAAGGUCAAUGAAAUGACAAUCGGACGCGUUAAUAGAAAACGGCCGUCAAAGAAAAUGUUCCUUUUAGAACCAUUCGAUGUUUUGGUCAUAGCAACAAAAGGUGUCCUGACUUCAGAACGCCUUUUUCUCUUCCUCGGGACUCAUUCCUAAAAUUCAAAUUGAUGAUGAUGAUUAUGGGCAGCCUUGCGUCUUUGUCCUUGCUUUAUUGUUCGGACAAAAUCGCACCAGUUUGAAGCGGGACUUAGUUCAUUAGAAUUUUUUUGUGUUAUUUAAAUUUUGUUUUGACACUUGUAUAGUCUUAUUUUUUGUCAAUAGUUUUUAAAAGUUUUGGGGGGGUAUCGUUGUUUUUACAUAUUGUGGGAAGGGAUUUUUUUUUGAAGAAUGGGCGACCAAGAACUUAUCAAAUCGGAGGAUGCCUGUGCCAUACCGAAGUGGGGGCCUAGUAGAGGAUUGAGGUACGAGGUUGAUGACUUCAUUGUAUCGCCCCCAUCCAAUGAGGACGGGGGCUUCUUCCAUCUACGCUAUGGACAACGCUCUAAACCCAGAGCAUCUACAUAUGACCGUAUCAACCAGGAACUGGCCAUGACAAUAGAGGUCAAAGAUGGGGACCCUGUGAUCUCAGAAGUGGGUCUCUCUGGAGUGGAGAAAGAAUCCCCAACACUCGCCAUAUCACCCACUGGUCUGUGUCCUGUCAACACCGCAGAAAGCACUCCAGACUCUGCUUCUGUACAGAGAACGAAGCCUCUCUUUGUUUUAGAUUGGAAAAACUUCAGACUAGGAGGUCCCAAGGAAGAGAGUGAAGAUCCUGUGAAAGAGACCCCAACCCUGAACUUAGAUGAAGAUAUUGGAAGUCAAACCAUUCCAUCAGUGAUAGAAGAAUUAAAAGCUACUGUGAGUGAGAGUAACAACAGUCAAAAGGUUGAAAAUAGCAGCACAUUUGCCGAAGAAAUUAUAAGGGAAAAUAAAGUUCAGGAUCACUUUUCUUCUAUGAAAGAGAAGGUAGAAGUCAGUCUAGUGGAGAAGGUUCAUAGCUUACAGGUGUCACCAGUAGCUGAAAAACCUUUUAUGACUCCAUUUUCAACCCCUAUUUCAACACCCUUGACAACCCCACAGACAUCUCCAGUUGUCAAACGGAAGAUAUAUAACGUAGUAAUGGAUCAAGGUGCUAACCAUGGCUACUUUUGCACCAAGCCUUUCCAGGGAUCCCAGCAGAACUCUGCUGAUUCCUCGACGUACUUGUCUGGUGGUGUUGGUGGAAGUGUUGGACUUUCGACCACAAGUGCACAGAUGACCCAACAGUUGGAAAACAGCAACAAAGUUGCUGCAGCUUUGGACCCAGGACAAAAACUAGGUAAGAAACGGAAACCUAAACCAUCAACUUUGCGAGAAAUGAAUUUUUGGGCCCCAACCUCUAUGUAAUGUGCAUUGCUACUGUAUAGGUACCUGAGAAGUCUGGUAGGUUUUCAGAUCCUCUUGGCUGUUAUUUUCUAGACAUGGCGUACUAUAUAUUUCCUUGUUUCAAAUUCACAGAGGUAACUAACUUCCCACUUAAAAAAGGUCAAUCUCUUGGCAAAGUUGAAAAAUUUUGAGUAAACUUUGAACCUUCAAUCUUUGAAUACUGUUACUGUUUUUGCUAUUAUUUCUAAAGUAUUAACACUUGCAAUAUAGAUAAUGUACAUUUAUAGUUGUAAUUCCUGCUGGAUGCAGUGAAUCAUUUAAGGCCAAGUGACAAUGUAUGUGACAACCAUUUUACGUGGCUAAUUUUAAUUAUGUUUACACUAAAUGCUAUUCAAAUUAUAUUUUUUUAAUCUAGUGACUUAUUUGUUGAAAGUGCAUGGAUUGUACCUUUUCAAUUUUUAUAAGUAAAUAAGAUGGUUAUGUAGCCUAGAGCUAUAUCUUUUGAGAUGCCAAACCUUUCAUACAAAAUUUUAAGUAUGCAUGGAAAAGUUGACAUUGCUUUGGGAUUUCUUAAAACUAUUAUUUAUCCCAUAGACUUAUGGUGGUUUGAACAGCCUUGACAGCAUAAUUUUAUUUUUGGAGUUUUUUGACAUCGGUUGUAGUCUUUAUCUAAUGUUUUGUAUGUCCAUGUACACAUUUUGAGAUAAAAAGUAAUGCAGUAGUUAAAUUUGCAAUUAUAUAAUGCUUUCCUACUAUGCCACCUUUAUUAGCUGUUAGUAUUUUUGUAUGUAGCCUCUGGGAUUUUUUAUAUAAUUUCCUUUGUCCUUUUUGUUAAAGAUCUUUUCCACUUCUAGAAGAAAUCACAUUGUAGAACGAUGACAUUUAAAAUAGAACUUUUAAGUUGAUCAUUCACAUAAUUUGGUUUUAAUUUUGUUUGGUUAAGUAAUAUUCAUGCUGUGGUUCAGUUUUUUUCCACAGUUUACAGUCCUACGAGAAAUAUUUUUCUGCCAUUUUGUAAUAAAUUUAGCGUUAAUUGAUUUUAGCAUUUUUGUUAAAACGAGAGUGGUUGUGGAAUGAAAUUCAUUACUUUGCUUUUUGUUGUCUGGGUAUAUUUGUGAUGCAACUGUUUCCUUUCUUAAAUGUUAGUGUCUCGUGCAGUUUUCAUUUCUUUUGUAUCACAUGGAAAUUUUAUUCAUUAUCUUUUAUGGUGUGAUACAAGUAUUUAUUUUCUUGUCAUAAUGACUUCAUUUAUAUGCUGCAUGUAUGAAUUGUUAAUUUGUUUAAGGCUAAAGUGCAUUGUAGCCAGAAUUGCUGUUUCUGGUUCGUCCACAGUGGCGAUGUUCCUCUACAGUGUUUAAGGUGAUUAUGGACCUCCUAUUUUUCUUCCUGAAGUCUUUUGCUGGAUUUUCGAGUGAAGGAUGCGCAGACUUGCUCAAAUAAGAUCUUUCAUUAUAUGCUUCAUCCUUUUAGGACCUUUUCCUUGGGUAAUAAAAUAUUAAGAUUUUCUUACCCGUUCUCUGAUCGUUGGAUUUUACUUUUUCUGUGUAAAUUGGAGAAAGUAAAACUUUUCUUGGAAUGCUAUGACCAUCUAAAUCAGUUUUGAAAAGAUAAAGAGUUGAAGUUUUAAACAUAAAAGUAUUGUACUGUAACUUGUUUUUUCAUAGUGGAUUCAUAGUGAUGUAUCUUUUAAUCAAUUGUAGCAUUUUUGGUUUUUACAAGGUUGUUGGGAAAAUAAUAUUAGGUUACUUUCAUGUUAUUACUUUGAUAUAUAUUGUAUAUUGUAGAAACUGCAAGUGACCUUCACACUUUUAUGGCAUUGUCUUGUUUUAUUUAAAAGAUGUCAGAAUUGCUCUUUAUUUUGUUAGGGGCAGUGUUGAAACCCUUGCUAAAAACUUUGAAAAUUCUACUUGCUAUUGACACCACUUAUUGACAGAAGUGGAAUAUUGUUAUCACUGUGCAGUAUGUUCUUUAUUCUGUCUACAGGUUUGUGUCAUUCUUAUUUCUUUUUGUUCCUUGUGUAGAACUUUUUAUUUAGAUUAACUUUGUAAAAUUUUUCUUUAUUGGCAAUAAAGAUACAUCUAACAUGAAAUGAAAAUUUUUAUUCUGAUUUGGUCAAUAAAUUGCUAAGGAAU